AUUCUGCUGUUUCUCCCGUAGAUUCUGGAGAGGAAGAACAAUGAGAUAGAAGACGUGAAGACUCUGUAUAGGACUAAGCAGACUGAGGCGAAGGAGACGGUCAGGAGGCUGGAGAAGAAAGUGCAGACCCUCCUGAGAGAGUCCCAGCUCAUCCGAGACACCAAGGACACCCAGAUCCAGGAGCUGAAGAAGCUGUGCGAGGAGAGCGCCGACACCCAGAGGAACGAGUGCGAGAAAAAGCUCCACAACGCGGUUGCAGACAUGGAGCAGGAGAAGCUGGAGCUCCAGAAGAGACACACAGAGAACAUCCAGGAGCUGCUGGACGACACCAACGCCCGACUCCAGAAGAUGGAGGCGGACUACAUGUCCCAGACCAAGGCCACCGCACAGACUAUGAAGGAGCUGGAGGCUCGUGUUCAGCAGCUGUCGGUGGAGGCUGAGAGUAGUAGUCAGCAGCAUCAGAAGCUGGUGCAGGAGAAGGCGGAGGUGGAGGCGUCUUACCAGGCGUCCCGCAGCGAGAUCCAGCACCUGAGUGCCCGACUGAUCACCAUCCAGAAGGAGCGAGACCACCUGAGCCAAGACUAUGACCGGCAGAUCCAACAACUGCACAGCAAGUAUGAGUCCGACGUGAACUACAUCACCCAGCAGAAUGCAUUGUCUGCAGCCAAGGCCUCCGCUGUCAUAGAGGAGCUGGAGCUAUCCCUGUCCCGGAGUCGUCAGCAAGUGCAGGAGCAGGAACAUCUACUGAAGCACGACAUGCGGGAACAAGAAAGCAAAUUUCAAAAGGAAAAGUUGCAUGCGGAACAUCAAUGGGAGAAAAAG